AUGCGCCGGGACAGGAAGCCGCAUCCGGCUUUCGACGUCCCCGGCGAGGCAGAUCUGGUUGGCAGGAUAUGCGAAAUCUUGGCAUUCAAUCCCAUCGAGGUGAACAACCUCUCCUCCCGAUUUGCUACCAUGUUCAACCAGGUUGUGCGCAACAACGAACAUACGCCGUUCUGUCCAGACAAGCGCAACGAUGGCAGCUUCAAGAAGUGGCUGCUGGCUUGCGGAUUCAAGGUUGGCCCUCUCUUCGAGCGAAACAGAUCGCUGGUCUACUUACCGCAGCACCAGGAGGACCAGCGGCAGAAGGUUCUUGAGAACUUUGCACCCGACGAUCGAGAAGUGCCGAGGUGCCGUCUCCAGCGUGCUAAGAACGGAGGAACCAGGACUAGAUGCGAGUAUACGACAGUUCGGAACGGGGAGGCUCAGAAGACAUUGAAUCGCAGGUGGGAGGUCAAGCAGGACGCCGAACCCCAAAAUCAGCUCAGCAUGCUCAUGGCAGCUGCAUGCUUCCUAGCCGCACCACCCCGGGUUUCUCCCGAUGCCUCCCCUACCCGGUCGGAGGCGGGCGAGUCUCCAGAAAUGACGCAGAUGCCAAGUGAGCCAGAACCAGAACAGUGUGAAUCCGCAAACGAUGCCGAUGCUGCAGAGGAGGAGGACCGGGCAGAUGAUGGAGACGGUGUUGAGCAGGCCACCCUCUACAAGGAUUCAGACUUCUCUGAGCAGCAGGAUGGUCCGGAGGCCUCAGAUGAGUCGGACUGUGCUGAAAAUCCAGCCGUCUGGGUAGAGGUUCUGCCUGCAUUCGAAGAGCUGGACGAGGAAGACUUCGUAAUGAUUGGCGAUUCCACUUGGGAAGAG